GAACGAAAAAAGGUAACCCAAAAAAAAGAACAAAACAGAGAGAAAGCUCGUCCAUGCUCUUGGUUUCAGUGAAGUGGAGUCGUUGUGAUAUCUCUAUCGAAAUUCCAAACAGUUUCUGAAACUCGAAGAAACUUUAGUUGUUAGUUACUGGUUGUUACUAAUAAUCACAGAUCCACCAUUUUCCCGGGAAAGUGUGGGAAACGAUGGAGAAGAUGAACAGAGCCUUCGAGAAAAUGAAGAUGAUGGUGGGAAUGGAAGUCGAAGACGAGGAGCAACAUGCUGCAGCAUUGGGCGACAACGAUAGCAACAGCAACUCCUUCGCGUUCAUGGACGAAUUCAACCGCAACUGCACCUUGUCCACCAAACAGAGACUAUAUGGUUUUGCCAUAUGCUUUGCUGCUGGAUUAACUUGUACACUAUUGUCUAUGCUCGUUUUCUUCAAACCAAUCAAGUUUGCAAUAACAUUCACUCUUGGUAAUUUGCUUUCAAUUGGAAGCACAGCGUUCCUGAUUGGUCCUAAAAGGCAAGUGACAAUGAUGCUUGAUCCUGUUCGUAUAUACGCAACAGCCAUUUACAUUGCAAGUAUGAUAAUUGCCUUGUUUUGUGCUCUUUAUGUUCAUAACAAGUUACUGACACUUAUUGCAAUUAUUUUGGAGUUUGGGGCACUUGUUUGGUAUAGCUUGAGCUACAUCCCUUUUGCGAGGUCCAUGGUUUCAAAGAUCAUGGUUUCAUGCUUUGACACAGACUUUUAGGUUAUAUACUCAAGACGAUGGCAUUGUCUGUUGAACUGCAUUGACACCCUCAACAUCCUUGCAGUCUUGCAGAAAGGUUUUAUGCCCCUGAAAUACAAUAGUGGAUUGUGGUUCUCUAUUGUCUGCCCCUUCCUUUUGUGGAGUCUUGUCUAGGUUCCUCUGGAUUGUUAGGCAUAAAAUCUUGUGAAUUUGUAUUAUGUUGUCUAUUGGCUAAUGUAAAGAUUUUUGUUUCUUUCAAUCGGUUGUCCUUUCAUUCUUCACCCAUGUUUGUCAUUUCUUUUGUUUUCAAACCCGCAUGCGGCUUUUAAGGCAGUGUCCAUGGAGUCACAGUCUGCAACCUUUUUAUU